UUCCCAUCCACUCGAAACUUCUCUGUAUUCUCUUAACCCCCAAAGCUUGGAUUUUUAAGCUCUUUUUUGUUUAUCAACUAUCUCACUUUCCUUCACUUACCCUCUAAAUUCUAUAAUGGCUGCUUUGGAAUUCUCCAUAUCUUCAGCUUUUGUGUUGGUUUUUGUUGUUGGCACUUGGGUUUUACCAGGAGCUGAAUCCAAGACUUACUGGGGCGAUGCAGAGGUGUUGAAGCAGCUCAAAAAUGGAAUCGACCCUAACUCGGUGAGUCCGGGUUCUUGCUUGAGUUCCUGGGAUUUCACCGUUGAUCCAUGUGACAGCCUCUUCAGUGAACGAUUCACAUGUGGUUUCAGGUGCGACCUUACGGUUUCUGGGUUAAGCCGGGUCACGGAAGUUACCCUUGAUUCAGCUGGUUACGCUGCUUCACUCUCAUCUGCUUCCUGGAAUCUCCCUUACUUGCAAAUUCUCGACCUCUCCAACAAUUUCUUCUCUGGGUCGAUUCCGGUGUCACUCGCCAACCUGACUCGGUUAACUCGGCUGGGUCUUUCGAGGAACACACUCUCCGGAGAGAUACCGUCGGCGAUUGGGUCUUUCUCUAGCCUUGAAGAGCUUUACCUCGAUAACAACAACCUGCACGGCCCUAUUCCUACAAGCUUCAAUGGUCUCGUGAGCUUGAAAAGACUCGAAAUCCAAUCGAACCACCUCUCUGGCGAGUUACCCGAGUUGGGCUCACUGGAAAACUUAUAUUUUCUCGAUGCAAGUAACAAUGCCAUCUCUGGGUAUCUGCCCACAACUCUGCCACCUUCCUUGAUCCAAAUCUCCAUGAGGAACAACACGAUUGAAGGUACAAUCCCUCAGAGUCUCCAAUAUUUGAGCUUUCUUCAAGUACUAGACUUGAGUCACAACAAACUCACCGACUCAGUCCCUUACUUCCUGUUUAACCACCCAUCACUGCAACAACUCACUCUGGCAUUCAAUGCCUUCACAUCAGUACAAUAUCCUUCAAAUUUAGGCACCCAAAGUGUGCUAAUUGCCGUCGAUUUGAGCAAUAACGAGCUUCAAGGUUGGUUACCUCCGUUUCUGCCAUUAAUGCCAAAUCUGUCAGCUUUAUCCUUGGAGAACAAUAAGCUGUCGGGUUUUAUCCCGGUCCAGUACGCGUUGAAGACGGUUGUGCCCGGACCCGGUAUUGCCCCGUUUGUUAGGCUUUUGCUCGGCGGAAACUACUUGUUCGGACCGAUUCCGAGAGCUUUACUGGUACUCAAACCGGGCACUGCAAACGUGAGCCUUGCCGAUAACUGCUUGAUUAGGUGUCCGUUGCGGUUCUUUUUUUGCCAAGGUGCUGACCAGAAAUCUUUAACCGCUUGUAAGAGCCCUGUAAUUCCUUGAUUUGUGUAAUAAAUUACUGCAAUGUCUGGAUGUUGAAGCACUUGAGUUGUGCGUUUACCCUACUGUUCAGGCUUUUACU